AUUUCUAUAGCUCAUAUUAAAAACUGCACACAAGAGGCCUCCUUUGUGAAUGUUGCAUUUAACUGACCAAGGGUAAAAUUAAGUAUGACAAGGUCAAAUAUGCAUCCAAACAUAUACAAAAGUGACAUUUCAGAUCCAAUAACAAUUCACUCAAACUACUGUAGAAAUUCACUGAUGGUCAAACCUCUUAAUAAUGUGCAAGAUUAGAGUCAUGGAAUUAAAGGACAAUAGUUUUUUUUUAUCAUCAGAGGUCAAGGUCAUGGUUGGAUUUCAGUGGGAAAUUAUCUGGGUUAUAUUGACCCAAAACUGGACCGGAUUCAGUUGAGAAACCUUCGUUAACAUUUUUUCCAACCUAAGUCAUUCUUUUACUUGACUACAAGUGUUUAAGGUGUUUAAGCCUACUGGGUAUUGAACAUGUCCUGAUACUGCUUGCAAUACUGAAUAUUUAUUGUGUAUAUUUGUAAUUCCCAUGGAAUUCCAGAAGUUGCAUGUCACAAGAUAUAUUGGAUGAUCUAUGGUAUGACCUUGAGCAGUGAUGAAGAAUAUGAAACCUCCAGAGAAUAUGAUAGUGGAAGUUUGAGUAGCCAGUCCUUGAAGGGAAAACCAUUGAAAACAUCAACCCAAAAACUAUUUGAAACUGUGGAUAAGUUACUGGAAGGCUCUGAUCAAGAAAAGGAAAAUGCUUACAACCUUCUAGCAGCAAAGAAAGACAUUUUAACAUAUUCACAGAACCCAGACUUCCUUUGGAGGUUGUCAAAGGCAGCAUAUUUCUUAUCACAAAUUGAGAAUGGAAGAGGAAAUGAUGAAAGGAAGAAGAGUCUAGUAUACGAAGCUAGGGAUAGUGCCCAAGAUGCCUUCAGUAUAGAUGAGAAUAAAGCAGAGGCUCAUAAAUGGUAUGCUAUAACAUUGGGCAGCAUAGGAGAAAUUGAAGGAAUGCAAGUUAAGAUUAAAAGUGGUUAUGAGUUUAAGGAUCACAUUGAGAAGGCUAUAGCCAUAAAUCCAAGUGAUCCGUCACUUCACCAUCUCUUGGGCAGGUGGUGCUAUGGGGUCUAUAUGUUAACCUGGAUAGAAAGAAAAGUUGCAUCCACGUUAUUUGCUACUCCACCUACUGCAACCAUUGAUGAAGCUUUGAAGCAUUUCAAGGAGGCUGAGAGAUUGAGCCCAGGCAAAUGGAAAGAAAAUAUGUUAUACUUAGCAAAGAGUUUCAUUGAAAAAAAAGACUACAGCUCGGCAGUACUGUGGUUGGAGAAAGCUGAUGCUCUUGUAGGCUCCAGUCAAGAUGACAAAACUGCCCAAGAAGAGAUUACAAAACUUCUCAAUCAGUAUAGAACAUAUGCCUAAUGAAUGUUUAUUCAAUUACAAGAAAAGACAGAGGAAUGUGUCAACUAGUCCCAAACUCAGACAAAAAUAAGUGAAGGGAUAGUGAUAACUUCAUGGCAUGACUACAAUGAACAAAUGCUAGGAUUAUGUAAUUGUUGAAAUGUUUAAGAAAGAGUAUAUUUUUGGUGAAACUGUGAUAGAAAAGUAAAAUAUUGACUUGACCUUUCACUUCAAAAGUCCCUGUGUUAUGAUGCACAUGUGAGAUGUUCAAGCAUAAUCUCACACACACACACAUACACAUACACAGUGCAACCAGUCAGUAAUUAGCAGUGCAUUGCUAGUCUUGACAGUGUGUGCUCAUUUUGUGUUCUCCCUGACAAAGUAUUGCCUUAGAAGCAGUAGGAUACACUUUGUUCAGGCAUAGGAAUAUCUCGCACCCUGACAUUUCAUAUCACUCCUAUUUCUGAGCAGUAUAUAUCAUACUGAAUGUGACAGAUUCUACCCAGAUUCUUGUAGGAAAUGUUUUAUUCACUGUUAAUAUUUAUUGGAAAAAGAUGUGUUUUGUCUUAAAGGUAUAUGAACCAAAUGGAUGUGGUUGUCUACUUACAUUUUACUUAUACGUUCCAUAGGAAAUUAAGUCAACAAAAAUGUUUGAUCAGCAAUAUAAAAAAAA